CAGGAGGGCUGUGGCCCCUCCCCACACCUCUCCCAUCAUGCAGCGCCUCCUGGGGGCGGGGCUAGGCAAGGUGGCGGCGGCUGCCGCCAUCAGGCAGCCCGAGGUGACUUCCGCUCUGGGCCGGAUGUGGCGCCAUGGAGGCCUUGAGGGGCGCGAGCGAGCCGGAGAGAGGAAAAUAGAGGCGGCUGAGGCGCGCCGCUUCUCCGCCUCGAGCUCUUCGCUGCCAGAGUUUCUGGUCAUGGGGCUUGCUCCGCCUCCUCCGUUACCACAGCAACAGCUCGGGCCUGCUUCGGUGGGGUCUGGAUGCACCGGGACGAGCCAGCGCGGAGCAGCCGCUCGUGGGGCGGGGGUGGAGACCUCUUCCUGUUGAAGCUUUUGAAAGUUGUCUGUGGAUGUGACAGUACCAGUGAGAUGCCCAUGGGCAGGAGUUCUGCUUCAUAUGGCCCUCCUCUACUAGGCCUGCCAUGACAGCGUUCUUCACCAGCGUCCCCAACUGGAUUCAAGAUGCAAAGCAGGAGGAGGAGGAGGCAGGCUGGAAACUAGUUGCCAGACCCAAGGGCCGGGAGAGUGAGAGUGAAGGGAAAUGCCAGUAUGAGCUUUCGGGAGCCUCCUUCCCCAGUGUGGAUAAGCUAAGAGCAAACUCAGAACAGAGGCCUUACUGCUGCCCACAACUGCACUGCGGCAAAGCCUUUGCCUCCAAGUACAAGGUUUACAGGCACCUGGCCACCCACUCUGCUCAGAAGCCCCACCAAUGCAUGUACUGUGAGAAAAUGUUCCACCGCAAGGACCACCUCCGCAACCACCUUCAGACGCACGACCCCAACAAAGAAGCUCUCCACUGCCCGGAGUGUGGCAAGAACUACAACACCAAGCUUGGCUACCGGCGUCACCUCGCCAUGCAUGCGGCUGCCAGCGGUGACCUCAGCUGCAAAGUGUGCCUGCAGAUGUUUGAGAGCACUCAGGUCCUGCUGGAGCACCUCAAGGCCCACUCCCGGAGGCCAUCGGGCAGCGUGAAGGAAAAGAAGCAUCCGUGUGAUCACUGCGACCGGCGCUUCUACACCCGCAAGGACGUGCGGAGGCACCUGGUUGUGCACACGGGCCGGAAGGACUUCUUGUGCCAGUACUGUGCCCAGCGCUUUGGACGCAAAGACCACCUGACCAGACACAUGAAGAAGAGCCACUCCCAAGAACUGCUGAAGAUCAAAACGGAGCCAGUGGACAUGCUGGGCCUUCUCAGCUGCAGCUCGGCUGUAGCGGUGAAGGAGGAGCUGAGCCCUGUCCUGUGCAUGGCCUCCCGGGAUGUGAUGAGCAGCAAGAACUUCCCUGGGAUACUGCCCAUGGGCAUGUAUGGCGCACAUGUCCCGGCCAUGCCCAGCUCAGGGAUGCACCAUUCUUUGGUCCCCAACCCCCUGCCAAUGGGGAUGAGUUACCCCCUGGAAUCGUCCUCUCCACCACAACCUCCACCCAAAUACCAGCUUGGGUCUACCUCAUACUUGCCUGACAAACUACCCAAAGCAGAGGUGGACAGCUGUUUGGCAGAGCUCCCUGGAGGCCUGUCUCUCGUGCCUGGUGAGCCAUCCUCGUCCCCUCCUCAGCCUGCCACUCUGGAGGAGACUCUACUCUCCAAGAGCCCUGCUCUACUUUCUGAAGCUCUCUGUGCUGCUAACAUGGACUUCUCCCAUCUUCUGAGCUUCCUCCCAUUGAACCUUCCUCCAUGCAACCCUCCUGUGUCCUCAGGAGGGCUGGUCAUGGGUUAUUCGCAGGGAGAUACCCAGUCACUCCUCACCACUUUGCCACCGCAAGAGUCACCAGGAGCCACAGCCUCACUCAGCUUUGGGGCCCUUCAUUCAUUGCCGUCGGUAUUCUCUCCGGGCUUGGGUACGACCACCUUGCCGCGUUUCCAUCAAGCGUUCCAGUGAGGUAGCUGUAGAGAGCAGACCAUCCCUGAGCUGUGAAUGGGAUCCCGAGGGAGUGCCCAGAUCUCUUCUCUUUCCUAUCUUGGGCUGGGAAAGCUGGAGAGAGGAAUAUCUGAGGACUGGAACUGCUGUGUACACUUUAGCGUGUGCCCCAGUCCUGGACAGUGAGUAGGUUGCAGCAAAUAGAAUUUCAGGUAUCUCUUCUCCCCCCCUCCCCGACCCCAUUUGUUCUUUGGUAAAUUAGAGCCACUGGGGGCUUCCAGCCUCAUUCCACUUUAGGAGAGGCUGAAUAUGGGCCUGUUUUAAGUUAGGGCCCGGUGUUGGUUCCGCAUUUUAGUGUCUCAGUCCAGGGGGCAGGCUGAAAGAAUCUGCCUUUCCCUGCCUUCCCCUCUGCUGGUUGUGCCCAUGACACUGGGUCUGUGGCGUGUGCAGACACAACACUUCGUUACUCUCUGAGGAGCCUCUUUGUUUAAAGGUUUCUUCCAGCAGAAUCCCACUCACACAACCCCGGAUCUUUUCCCCACCAUUACAAAUCAAGAAGUCCCAGGAACACAGUUCUUGUUUCUGGUAUAGCUAGCACACUGUUUACACAAUGGAAUCAGAUCACACUGAUUUCACCUCACUACUUCCAUUUCUUCCCCUGUGGGGAAACUAAACUGACUUUGGAUUGCUUCAGUUUCUGCCAGUUUAGCUGACUGCUCUGUCAUGCAGGUCAGAAGGAUCCUGCAACAUAACAGGGGUGUGUGUGUGUGUGUGUGUGUGUGUGUGUAGGUGUAGGAGUGUUUCCCAAAGCAUGUGUGGGGACAGAGAGGGGUUGUGGGCAGUGCUUGGUGGCUGUGGGCUUGUCCAUUUUAAAGAAAGCUUUGAGGCUUGGCUGUUUGGGAUGGUUCCUGUUUCCGUGGUUUCCUGCUAAUCAUUGAGGUCCUUCUUGAAGUUUGACACUUGAUCCUUGGUUAUUAUGGGCUUGCUAAGGGGUGACAAGUCAAACAGGUAAGAAGGAUGCAGUGCAGAAGCAAGUCCACUCAGUCCAAAUCCUGAUAAGAUGUUGACUUGUUUCUAGCCUGCUCAUUGGAGGAAACUGUGAGGUGGUGCUUUGGAAAGGCUACCCUCAACCUUGGCAAGCCCCAUCCACAGCACAGAAAACAAGCACCUCCUAGCACGGGGUGGACAGAAAGGGAUGGGGCACUAUAGCCAGCAUGAUGCAGCCCCAAGAAUUCCUCACCUUAACUUUUUCUGUCCCUUUCCCCCAUAGCCCGUGCCUCACCUUUCCCCUGCAUUAGAGGAAUGCAGUGUCCAAGUAGAAUGAGGGCUGUUCUGUGGAAUUUAUUGAGAGAAAAACAGAUCUUGCAUUGGUCCAGGAAGCCAAAGCAUGGGGAGAAGCAAAGCAUGUUGUAGGGAGCUACCUUGUGCUGAAGGUGUGACUAGCAGGAGCUGGUCCCUGUAUGCUUUGUCUUCCGUAGCACAUUGAUGAUGUCCGGAGGACAGAGUUGGCCUAUGCUUGGCUGCCAGUGCAUGGGAGCUCUCUCUGCAUUGCUCAUCCAGUUGUGUGCCUGUGUUUUUGCUGCUUCAGCAUAAAUUCAGGGGCUGUCUUGGUUCCUACUUUUCCCUCUAGCUUAGGGUCAACUUCUCUUGCCCUUGCAGUUUCCAGCCUUUCCUCUGUUCUCUGCAUGGAUUAUUCUCCCUUCCCAUCCAUGUCACAGGGAAUAUGUAGGUUCCCCACUUCCCUGUUCUUAUAAAAUCACACUUGGUGGCCUCAUUUGGGGUCAGUCCAGCUGUGUUGUGUUUCAAGGUAUCUUCACAAGCCUCCAGUGUGAUAUCUUCAUACCUCAACUUGCAGGAGGGAUAAAUCCAGAGCGGCCCAUUACAGCCCCUCUCUUUGCCUGCACAGGAAUUGUAAGCUUCUGCAGUGGUUCUGCAGAUACACUCAUUGGUUUCUCUGGAUCCCCUCCUCUUUAAGCAAAUUCUUGGAAUGUUUGUCUACUAAUUAUGUUAAUUCCAUUUUCCUUUAAGCUCUAACCGACUUCCAGAAUUUUGUGUACAGGAUUCUCUACUACCACCACACCCCCACCACCACUGGAGGGACAGAGCUUUUAGGCUUGGCAUAACUAUUCUUUCUCUGGCUUUUCUUUUCUUUUUUUACCCAUAUCAGUUUAAUACUUUGUAUAAUACUUACCUCAACAAUUGCAUGUGGCAGUUAGUUCCACAAGCUGUGCUUCCUGAUGUGUUUUAAGAUGUUGCCUUUCUAAUUUCAGUGUGUGCCUUUCGCUGGGUAAAUAGGAGAAUGGCUGGACUUCUCCUUAUCAUUCAGUAUUUUGAAAUACCUCAGUUGCAUCUCCUGUUACUCUCCUUUUCCCAGAAAUUGCUGCACAGUCUUUUUUUUUCUUAUGCAACCCUCAUAACAUCCCUACCUCAACACUUGUGAUAGAUUUUGCCAUCUUCAGAAAUGGCAUUUGACUUCUGAACGUGGCUGAUUCAAGAGAUUGCACAGGUUGAGUUGCUAUGCUUCUGUUGCGUCACUUCGCCAACUUCUUGGCAACUCCUGCCUCUUCCAUUACCUGCUUGCUGCUCCCAGCUUUAUGAUCUGUCUGAAGUUUGGCCCAGGAGAAUUUUUCACCUUCUGGCCAAUAUUCAACUGUUUCACUGUUCACUUGUAUCUCUUAUCUAUAUCUAUGUUGGGCAGUUAAGCAGAAAUUUGACUAUUUAAUCAGGAGCAAUCUUGUGUUCAUAUUUAUACCAAAAUAUUAUCCUGCUAGUAAUUGGAGUGGAGGGUUGUGUGAUUUAUUUAGCUGCAGUGGGUCAGGGGUUUUGUCCAGUCUGGUGUUCAGCUUCAGCAAUGUGGAUUUAGCCACUUCCAAAAAGUUUAUAGCAACAGAUCAGUGUUAUCCAAUCAAAGCUGGACCGAGGAAGGUUGAUGGCUGCCCACACCUGGCUACUGCUCCAUACACACCUGUGGCUAAUGUUGUCUGUCUCUGUCCCAGCUGUUGUAGCAAAAGGCAGUAGUACACACACUCAGUUACAUUCACACCUCUCAGUUGGCAGUAGCAUGCUCCUGGCCAGGAUAAAUAUCAGAAAGAGGUGGUGUGGAGCAGGAAGGAAGAGAGGAGCCUUAUUAGCCUAGUUUACUCAAGGCAAGUCAUUAGAGAUUAUCAAAGAAAAGGAUCCCAUUCUAAACUGUCUAUUUUCAAGCUCCAGUAUUUUAAGGCUGUGUACCACCGAUAGCAUUUCAAAUAGUUGAAAUAGUGCAGGUACUAUUGUAAAGCUAUAAUUGCCAUGAUAUGCAUUUAUUAUGUCCCACUCUGCUCAUUAGUAAGAGAGCUUUAUUAUUGUAAGUUCAUGAAACAAUGAAAUCUCCACACAUCUGCACAAGUAGCUUACUAUGAAGGGGGAGAAAGAGAGAAACAAGAUGACCUCUGUCAAGGUCAAGAACCUCUCAUCACUUCUGUCUGUCUUAGAGUGGCCCUCUCUGGUGCAAGGACUCCAGUUAGCAGACCAGAGUUCAUCCAAAGAAAGCAAAUAUAUCAACUUCACCUUGAUGGCCCAGUAUCUCUCAACCAAGGUGCAUUUUGUGGGAGGAACAGACACAUGUAUUCACACUUUAGAAUCCCUUAUAUUUCACAGCUGAGGAGUAAAAUUGAUUGGUCCAGUCAAUUUCACCAGCAGGACCCUGGCAGUAACUUCACUAAGAGAUGAAUUAAUAGGCACCUCCCCACUCCUUGUACAAUUGGCAAGCUGCUGGUGCCAGUUCAAGGUUAGACCACAAUAGAACUGAGAGAGGACAGUCUCCUAACUGCAGAAACAAUAGUCUGUGCACAGCCUCAAAUGUUUGGGUCAUCUGAGACAUUAAACAUCCUGAGGUUUUUGUCAAAUAGCUAUGGAUGAUCUAUUUUCCAAAGAAUUGUCUGAUCUCUUUUGCAGGGUUGGGUUUACUCUUACAAUUUUCGCCAUAUUUGCACCUAGUAGCAGCUAGAUCCACAAAUUACCAGUACACUUGUUGGUUAGGGGGUGGGGAAACCUUUUUGUUAAGCUGCUGUAUAUUAAUUUCACUGAGUCCCUGUAAACAUGCAGACUUAAGCAACUGGUCCCUAUUCACCCUUUCUUACUAGUACAUUGUGCUGCUUUUUUAAAAUUGUAACUCAGUCAUAUCCUUGAUUUAUAAUCCUGUAUGUAGAAGUGAGUCAUCCUGCUUUAAAGGGGACUUGAUUUCACAUGAUGAUCUCAAGAUUGUGGUGUGUAUUGUGCUAGUUGCAUAAAGCAAAAUGGGACACUUCCUCCUUUUGCAAAAAGGUGUAAGCUUCACCGGUAACAUCCCUUCACUUCCUCCUUCCCUCAACUUAUGAUUGAUAUAUUACUUUUUGUUAUGUUAAAUCGCAACAAGGCAACCUUACCACAUCAGUUUUCUUCUGCAUGUGGUUUGCAUCCAUGCAUGGUGCAACCUAAUAUUUACCAAACUCUAGCGAGCAAUUAAAGGCAAAGUUUUCCUUGGGUGGGAGAGGCUGGCUCUUGCCACAUGUUGAAACGACAUGCACCAUGCAAAAUGGAUACAGCAAGCUUGCCUCCUUGGGCCUUCAUGAUGUCACAACCAAAGGAUGAAUUGGCUCAAGCCGCCUCUGUUGUCCAUCUCUUGGCAGCCUGAUCCUCCUUGGUGGGUGUUUGUGUGCCUUUUUAACUCCCCAUUGAGGAAGCUGAAAAGUGGGUCUUCCUCUGGUUUGAUUUGUGCAAGUGUUCUAGCAGCUCCACCCAACCCCAGAUAGCUUUCUCAGUUCCUGAAGUGCUGGCGACAGGUGUGUUCUAGCACUGCUGGAACAGCCACUGUUUCUUGCUGUCCCAGUUUGCACACCCUUCCUCUGCAGUCAGCCAUGCGUGGCAACUUCCUUCACCGUUUUAGGCUGUAACUAAGCUGUUGCUUCCCUUCUGACCAGCCAUAAAUCCAGUGGUUUGGCAUUGCCUUUCUUAGCAUAGGCCUCUUCUCUGUGUAAAUAGCAAGUCCAUUGAGUUACAUGUAUCAUCUCUGCCUUUAACUGGCACAACUUCAAUGUUUAGCUUGAUUUUUCUUUCGUGAUAGCAAGUUGCUUGAAACUUGGUGGUAAUAUCUGACAAAGAAUUAAUUAUAUUAUCCAUGGAAUCUGUGAUUCCAGCCUUGUUUGUUCAGCACAUGCCUUUAUGAAUUCUUCCUCACUCUUUCCCUCACUGCUCAGGAUAUUUUCUGAAUACAUCUGUAACAACCAUUGGAAUUAACGUCUAAAAUAUCAUUAUUCGAGACUCUUCCUUUGGACAGAGCUGAAAAGAGACUGUCCUUCUAGGAGUAAAUUCUUUGCUGAAUCACCAAAAGAGAAAGUUGCAUAGCGUGGACCAGCACAAUACAGAAGCUUAAACCGUCAGUUAGGAGGGGUUAUUGCCGGCGAGCUCUGCCCUGGGAAUCUGACUUGCAGUGUGUUGGCUGUGUGUGCACUGCAUGUUUGUCCCUUUGGUAUGUGUGGUCCUGGGAGAGAGGGAUAGGUGGGGGGGAAUGGUUGAGGUAGUGCAAAGAUGGGAGUUGUGAGGAGAGAGCCUGUUGAGGGAGGCAUGUCUGUUGUCAACUCCUCUGUGCUACUCUGGAGUUUAAAACUUUCUGCAUUUUGUAUAGCAAUAGCUCUAGUCUUGAGGCACCACAGAAAGUGGGAUCUGCCUCUAUUGAGCAUUCACACCCCCAAAAGCCAACACAGACAGACCUCCUUGUGUUGAUAGCCCUGACUUCCCUCUGCCGCCAUUUGGCCAGCUCAUGAUUGUGUCCUGGCAUCCUUCAGCCAGGGUGCCCAAGCUGUGCAUCUGGCGCGGGGUGGGGGGGCGGCACAUGUCCAAGCACAUGGGUUUCUCUUGCAUCUUGACAGGCUGGAAAUGGCUGCCUUCUCUUGUCCCUCUGUUAGGGUGUGCUCUCAGUCUCUAGCCAAUAUCUCAUUAAGUCCCUUUGGUUGGUUUUUGUUUUUUAGUUGUCUUAAUAUCCAAGAGCUGUGGUUGUUGGUUUUUUGGUUUUUUUAAAAGAAUGUUCUAUGUAAUUUUUUUUUUAACCAAGGUGUUACUGCUAAACAUAAUGAAGCUUGCCUUAGAGUAUGGGGGCAGGUGGGCUGGGACAGGCCACCUCUUGUGACCUACCACAUGAAGGCCACCUUCUGUCCGGUGCACCACCUGCUUGUGAUGGCUGCUGUGUUCCCUUCAUACCUUGCACCAGGUAUGUGUGCAAAGGAUGAUAAGGGAACAGGGCAACUGCUGUGCUGUUUGAGAAAGAGAGUGAUGGGUGUAGGAGGAUGAGUUGUGGUGGCCUGCACCCCACCAUGGAGGAAUCCAAGCCUUGGAGUGUGUGGAUUUCGCUUGGUGGCAAGAGAGUUGGCAUGUGCCGAGGUCUGACUCUAUUCCUGCAGAAGCCAUAAUACCUGACAUAGUGUAAUACAGCAGUGUGCUUUGCACUGCAAGAAGGGACAGCAGGAUAAUGGGCAGCCAAGUCACCCUUUAUGCAAGAGUCUGGCCCAGUUUUCCCUCUAACAAGGAUUCCCAGAUGUUGUUGACUACAACUCCCAGAAUCCCCAGCUGCAAUGGCUUCUGCUUGGGGAUUCUGGGAGUUGUAGUCAACAACAUCUGGGAAUCCGUUAGAGGGAACACUGGUCUGGCCUUGUGUGAAGCCUGAGAUUCAGCAGUGGCAGGUCCUAAUGGGGGGGGGGGGGGCAGGGCACAAUGGAGGCACAGCUGUCUCUUGUUCCUGGCUGCUCUAGUGGCUCCUCUCUCUCUCCCGUCUGCUGGGAACCAGAGGCAGCCGUGUCUCAUUAGGCUCACACACUGCCACUGCUGCAGAGAUUUGAAUAGAGGCUAGGAAUACUCUGUCCCUUCACACAUCUCCAUGCGGUUGGGAGCAGAAGGCAAAUUGCUGUCUCAUUCUGCUGAUCACUCUUGUAGUCAGAACUCACACAUGGCCUCACUUGGUCCCUUUUGUGUGUUUGGGCUGUUGCAUCCUAGCAGUUGGGCCUGAGAGUCCAUAUGCAUUUCUGCAAGACAGAGUUGACCUCUUUGGCCCUGCUAAGCCUCAUCUUCUCAAGCCUGCCUGCCCACCCUCACCUCAGGUAGGGCUGCUCCUCUAGGCCUGAAGCUGGACUUCUCAAACAAAUCUAGCACUUUUUAUAAACACAGCGAAUAACCUCUUUAUCAAGAGUAUUUUGGGGCUUCUUACAAGUCCAGGUUUUUAAAACUGUAAAGAUUGAAGUGCCAUUAGGAAAUGUACAGUUCGUUACUGUUCAGUUAGCUUUUCCUUUUGUCUUACUGAAUUAAGUCCAAAAUGAGAGGAUGUGUUUUUUAAAAAAUGAAAUUCCUUAUUAAAAUGUUUGAAGUA